UUUUUUUUCUUCCUCCGCUCCUCCCCUCUUUCUCUCCAAAGAGACCAGGAGAGUCCAGGGCGACACGCGCAUCUCCCUGCUGCUUCCCACCCCCCCUCGCUUCCGGUUCCCGAUCGCACGCGCAUCGAUCGAUCGAGUGCUCACGUCGCAGCACCCUCCCCAAAACCCUAACCCUAACCCGUCCCCUCCCCCUCCCCCUCCCCCGCCGGAGACUCGCCUCGGGGCCCCCUCGUGGCCGCCUCGCCCGGCGAUGCGAAUUGCGGGAUGAAGCUCAAGCGGCGACGCGCGGUGGAAGUGCCUCCGAAUAUAAAAUCUUUCAUAGACUGUGUGACUGCCACUCCUCUCGAGAAUGUAAAGUUGCCAUUGAAGGAUUUUGUGUGGGAGUUUGGCAAGGGGGACUUUCAUCACUGGGUGGAUCUUUUUAAUCACUUCGAUUUAUUUUUUGAAACUUAUAUCAAACCAAGGAAAGAUUUACUACUUGAAGAUGAUUUUCUUGAGAUGGACCCUCCAUUUCCUAGGGAAGCAGUUCUCCAAAUUCUUCGAGUAUUGAGAUUAAUAUUGGAGAACUGUACAAAUAGACACUUCUAUAGUUUGUUUGAGCAGCAUCUUUCUUCUCUACUAGCAUCUACAGAUGCAGAUAUUGUUGAGGCAAGCUUACAGACAUUGAAGGCAUUUGUAAACAAGUCGGUUGGUAAAAGCUCUAUACGUAGUGCAUCACUUACUUCGAAGUUAUUUGCCUUUUCUCAAGGUUGGGGUGGAAAAGAAGGUGGUCUUGGAUUAAUAGCUUGUUCUCUACCCAGUGGAUGUGAUCCGGUUGCUGCUGAGAUUGGCUCCACACUCCACUUUGAGUUCUAUCGAGGUACUGAUAAAUCAGACAAGUUCCAAUCUGUAGAUAAUUGUAACAGGUUGGAAAUCAUACACUUACCAAGCAUCAGAAGCUGCAAAGAGAAUGAUCUUGAAAUAUUGGAUAAGUUGGUCAAGGAUUACAAUGUGCCACCAUCUUUAAGGUUCUCUCUUCUUACAAGAUUGAGAUUUGCAAGGGCAUUUGACUCUUUGACACAUCGACACCAAUAUACCUGUAUCCGCCUGUAUGCUUUUAUCGUUCUUGUGCAGGCAAGCCAUGACUCUGAAACCCUAGCAUUGUUUUUGAACAAUGAACCAGAAUUCAUUGAUGAACUAUUAUCGUUACUAAGCUAUGAAGAUGAGAUACCAGAGCAAAUUAGGAUAUUGGGGAUCCUUUCAUUGGUUGCUUUGUGCCAUGAUCGGUCACAUCAACCUACCGUAUUAUCCUCAGUAACUUCUGGUGGUCAUCGUGGUAUCCUUCCCAGUCUCAUGCAAAAGGCAGUGGAUUCCAUCAUCAAUGGUUCAACAAAAUGGUCCAUAGUAUUUGCUGAAGAACUUCUCUCUCUUGUCUCCAUGUUGGUAUCAUCAACUCCAGGUUCUUUAGCUCUUCAAGAAGCUGGCUUUAUACCCACUAUUUUACCCCUCCUGAAAGAUACAAACACAGAUCAUCUACAUCUAGUUAGCACCGCAGUACAUGUCAUUGAGGGCUUCUUGGAUUACCACAACCCGUCUUCUGCAUUGUUUAGAAAUUUAGGUGGCCUGGAUGACACUAUUGCACGCUUAAAAAUAGAAGUGUCGCUGGUUGAGAUUGGUCCAAAUAAACCAGAAGAAUAUCAGUCUAUGGAUAAAGGUAAAGAAGUUGAAAGUAGUUUGCCUGUGCCAGGUGUGCAACCUCUUCAUUCUGAUGCGUUAAUUUCAUAUAAUCGAAGGAACUUAAUGAAAGCCUUACUGCGUACUAUAUCUCUGGCAACUUAUGUGCCUGGUAGCUCUGCCCGUGUUGAUGGCUCAGAAGAGAAUGUGCUGCCCCCUUGUUUAUGCACCAUAUUUAGGAGAGGCAAGGAGUUUGGUGGUGGGGUGUUCUCACUUGCUGCAACUGUCAUGAGUGAUCUCAUACACAAAGAUCCAACUUGCUUUGCUGUCCUUGAUGCAGCUGGUUUGCCACAAGCCUUCAUUGAAGCCAUAAUGGGUGGUGUUCUUUAUAAUUCUGAUGCUAUCACAUGUAUACCACAGUGUUUGGAUGCACUAUGUUUAAACAACAGUGGGCUUCAGUUAGUAAAGGACCGCAAUGCUUUAAGAUGCUUUGUGAAAAUCUUUACUACUAGAUCAUAUCUGAAGGCUCUGGGUGGGGAUACAACAGGGGCCUUGUCAAGUGGACUUGAUGAAUUAAUGCGUCAUCAAUCAUCAUUACGGUCUUCUGGAGUGGACAUGCUUAUUGAAAUCUUGAACACCAUUUCAAAAGUUGGGUGUGGUGGAGAUUCUAGUUUCUGUACAGAAUCUGAUAACUCCAUUAUGCCACUUCCCAUGGAAACUGAUGUGCAGGUAGGUACUUCAAGUAAUGAAGCUGAAACUUCUGUGGUGGGAAGUUCUGAGAAGAUGGUAGAUACUUCUCUAGAUGCGUCAUCAUCGUCCAUUGAGUCAUAUCUUCCUGAAUGCAUAUGCAAUGUUGGCCGUCUUAUUGAAACUGUUCUGCAAAAUUCUGACACAUGUAGGUUGUUCAGUGAGAAAAAGGGCAUCGAAGCUGUUCUUCAGCUGUUCAAAUUGCCAUUAAUGCCUAUAUCUGUUUCAGUUGGGCAGAGUAUUUCAGUUGCUUUUAAAAACUUCUCAUCUCAGCAUUCGGUUUCUCUGGCUAGAGCAGUUUGCUCAUUCUGUAGAGAUCAUCUUAAGCUGACUAAUGAACUGUUGGGUUCAGUUUCUGGAACCAAGUUGAUUAAUAGUGAUCCUGCGAAACAAUCACCUCUCCUGAAAGCACUUUCUACUCUUGAAGGGCUCUUGUCUCUUUGUAAUUUUCUUCUGAAGGGAAAUGCCUUUAUGGUCUCGGAACUGGCUUUUGCUGAUGCUGAGAUAUUGAAGGAACUAGGUAAGGUUUAUACUGAAGUCACAUGGCAGAUAUCUUUAAUCAAUGAUUCCAAAGUGGAGAAGCAAGAUGUGGAACAAGAUGAUGUGCCUAGAGAUGCUUCAGUCUCAAAUCUAUCUGAAAGGGACAGUGAUGAUGACACAAAUACAGCACCAGUUGCAAGACAUAUGAAUCCGGUUUCAGUAAGAACAUCUUCUGUAUCACCAUGGACUAUGGAACAAGAUUUUAUAUCAGCAGUGCGAUCUGCUGCCAGCAUGCACCGCCAUGGUCGGCACACGCUAUCAAGGAUACGUGGGCGCCUAAGUGGCGUGAUAGAUGCAGCACAUGCUGACAUAGACAGUCCUUUUUCUCCAGCAGAAAGUUCACAAAGUCAUGAUGCUGUAAAAAAGAGUCCUGAUGUUGUUGUUUCUGAACUCCUGACUAAGCUUGGACAAAUGAUGCGUUCCUUCCUUUCUACCCUUGUCAAAGGAUUACCAGCUCGCCGUCGGGCUGACUCAAGUCUGACUCCAGCCUCUCGGAGUCUUGUGACUGCUCUUGCACAACUUUUUCUUACUGCUCUUGGUUACUCUGGACAUUCUACUGCUGGCUUUGAGAUGUCAUUAUCUGUGAAAUGCCGAUACCUUGGGAAAGUUGUGGAAGACAUGGCAGCACUUACCUUUGACAUCAGGCGUCGAUUGUGCAAUUCUGCAAUAGUUAAUAGUUUCUAUGUGAAUGGAACAUUCAAGGAGCUUCUAACUACUUUCGAAGCUACCAGUCAGUUACUUUGGACACUUCCUUUCUCAGUUCCAACUACUGGGUCGGAUCAAGCUUCCUCUAACAGCGUGAAGGUGUCACACAAUUCAUGGCUGCUGGAUACAUUACAGAGUUAUUGUAGAGUGCUGGAAUAUUAUGUGAACUCUUCAUAUUUACUGUCUCCUUCUCAUAAUCAGCUGCUUGUUCAGCCUAUGGUCACCGAACUAUCCAUCAAUCUGUUCCCUGUGCCCUCAGAGCCUGAAUCAUUUGUUCGUAUGUUGCAAUCUCAAGUUCUUGAAGCAGUCCUUCCUGUUUGGAAUCAUACAAUGUUCCCUGAGUGUUGCCCAUCUCUUAUCACCUCCUUAGUCUCCAUUGUAAGCCAUAUAUGCUCUGGUGUUGGGGCUCUAAAACAAAGCCGUGUAAGUGUUGGAGCUGCAAACCAACGUCUUACUAGCCCCCCUCUUGAUGAGUCUUCUAUUGCUACAAUUGUUGAGAUGGGAUUUUCGCGAGCUAGGGCAGAAGAAGCCCUGAGAAGUGUCAGAACUAACAGUGUUGAAAUGGCAACAGAUUGGUUGUUCAGCCAUCCAGAAGAAUUUGUUCAAGAAGAUGUCCAACUUGCACAAGCUUUAGCAUUGUCACUUGGAAACAGCACUGAAACAUCCAAGGAGGAUGGCAGCAAUAAGAAUGACCCAAGUGUCGUGGAAGAUAAAGGUGUCCUCCUGCUUCCUUUGGAUGACAUUCUUGCUGUAACAACAAAGCUACUCUCUUCUAGUAAUAGCAUGGCUUUUGCAUUGACUGAUCUUCUAGUGACACUGUGCAACCAGAAUAAGGGUGAAGACCGUCAGCGGGUUAUCUUAUACCUUUUUGAGCAACUUAAACGUUUUCCAUCGGAUUCUUCAUUUGAUGCAGGUGCAUUAUAUUCUUUUGCCCGUUUGCUGGCCUUACUUGUGAGUGAAGACAGUAGCAUACGUGAAAUUUGUGCAGAAAAUGGUGUGGUCCCUACUGUUCUUGGUAUAUUGGAAAACCUUAAAUCAAGGACAGAGAAAUCAGAUCAAACUUGGAAUUCUAUCAGUGCUUUGUUGCUUAUAUUGGACAACAUGAUACAGUAUACUCCGACACUUGAUAUAGACAUGCCAGAAGGGACUUCUAAAUUUUCUUCUGAUGCAUCAAGUGCUGAAUGCAAGGUAAAUCCUUCACAGUUUGCUGAGAAGAAAACUGAAACUGUUCAUUCAGCGAAAUACCCAGAUGUGAAUGUGUUUGAAAAAAUCUUGGGAAGAUCUAUUGGCUAUUUGACUGAUCAGGAGAGCCAAAAGAUACUAACGUUGUGCUGUGAAUUCAUCAAGCAGCAUGUGCCAGCAAUUGUUAUGCAAGCUGUUCUGCAACUCUCUGCCCGUUUGACGAAAACACAUACCCUUGCUGCCCAAUUCUCUGAAAACGGCAGCCUUGCAUCUCUCUUGAGUGUUCCAAGGACUUGCAUCUUUCAUGGAUAUGAGACUUUGGCAUCUGCUAUCGUUCGUCACCUCAUUGAGGACCCUCAGACUCUGCAGAGCGCCAUGGAACUGGAAAUUCGACAGUCAUUAAGUACCCGUGGCAGUCAUACUGCACGCUCAUUUCUGACAAAUAUGUCACCACUAAUAUCUAGAGAUCCUGUGAUCUUCAUGAAGGCUGUAACUUCAGUUUGCCAAUUAGAUUGCUCAGGAGGUAGAAUGAGUGUAGCUUUGUUGAAGGAGAAGGAAAAGGAGAAAGAUAAGGAGAAACAGAAAGUUUCAUCGACUGAAAGCGGUGCACUGUGUAACGAGCCUGUUCGGGUGACUUCUGAUAUUAAGACGAUUGAGACAGUAAACAGAUGUUCACGAAACCAGAAAAAGGUAUCGACUAGUCUUUCCCAAGUUAUCGAUCAGCUUCUGGAGAUCAUUAUGAGCUACCCAUCCUCAAAGAAAGAACUGGGGUCUGACAGUUAUUUUAUGUCGUCUCCUAUGGAUGUUGAUGAGCCAAAUACCAAAGGGAAGUCAAAAGUUAAUGAUGGACAAAAUCUUGAUGGUGAUACCCUUUCUGAGAAGUCAUCCUUGCUGUCGAAAUUGGCAUUUGUGCUUAAGCUGAUGAGUGAAAUACUACUCAUGUACGUGCAUGCAGUUGGGAUAAUACUUAAACGUGAUAUAGAGUUAUCACAGUUACGAGGUGGUGAUCAAGUACCUGGACACAGUGGGUUACUGUAUCAUUUAUUUCAUUUGUUAUCUUCUGACAGAUCUGCUGAUGUAUCGGAUAAUUGGAUGGGCAAGUUAUCUGAAAGAGCAUCUUGGUUCUUGGUAGCUUUGUGCUGCAGAUCUACUGAAGGCCGUAGAAGGGUAAUUUCUGAAAUUGUGAAAGCAUUUAGUUAUUUCAUAAAUUCAGCAAGCAGCACCUCUAGAGGAUCUUUGACACCUGACAAAAAAGUUUUAGCUUUCUCUGAGCUGAUCAAUUCAAUAUUGUCCCGAAAUAGUCAGAACAACUUGCCUGUCCUUGGUUGCUCACCUGAUAUUGCAAAAUCUAUGAUAGAUGGUGGAAUGGUGCAGUCCCUUUCUGAUUUGCUCAAAGUAAUUGACCUGGACCACCCAGAUGCUCCAAAAGUUGUCAACCUUAUUCUGAAGGCUUUGGAUAGCCUCACAAGGACUGCAAAUGCAAGUGAUCAAGUCCAAAAGUCAGAUCGAUAUGCUAAGAACAAGCUAACUGGGUCACAUGAACAAGCCCAUGAGGCUAAUGAAAACCGUGAACAAGGUACUAGUAUUGGACAUGGUGCUAUCGAUACGGUCCAACCAACAAGGCAGCAAGUCCAGGAAUUAUCGCAUAAUGAUGGGAACAAUGCUGGCCAAGAUCAGCCUAUCGAGCAGACCAGAAUAGAUUUGGUUGAGAAUACUGCUGGUAACUCUUCAACGGGUGGCGUCGAGUUCAUGCGAGAGGAAGCUACUGAAGGUAACUUGAUGACUAAUACUACUGAUGCGGGUUUGGCUUUCUCAGCUCAGCAUCAAGCUGAUGAUGAAAUGGUCGAGGAGGAGGAUGAUCUAGGUGAGGACGGUGAGGAUGAAGAUGAGGAUGAGGAUGAGGAUGAGGAGGAAAUAGCAGAAGAGGGAGCUGGUUUGAUGUCAAUAGCUGACACAGAUAUUGAUGACCAGGAGAAUACUGCCAUGGGUGAUGACUACAAUGAUGAUAUGAUGGAUGAAGAAGAUGAUGAUUUUCUUGAGAACCGUGUUAUAGAAGUGAGAUGGAGGGAAACUUUAACUGGAAUGAAUCGUCAUCUGAGAGUUUCCAGGGGUCGUGGAGAGGCUAGUGGUUUUAUAGACAUAUCUGCUGAGGCAUUCCAUGGUGUUGGGACUGAUGAUAUGUUUAAUUUACAUCGUCCAUUUGGUCUUGAGCGCCGCCGCCAAAGUGGAAGCAGGUCUUUUAUUGAUCGAUCAAGGUCUGAUGGAAAUGCUUUCCAGCAUCCUUUUCUCUCUAGACCAGCACAAACUAGAGAUGCAAUUGGUUCAGUAUGGCCAUCUAGUGGAACACCCUCAAGAGAUUUGCACACAUUUUCUAUUGGGACUGCAGAUAUUCCCUUUUACAUGUUAGAUGCUGGGUUGCCAGCUGAAACUGCUGCUCCAGUUUUUGGUGAGCGUGUUGUAAGUACUGCCCCCCCACCUUUGAUUGAUUUCUCACUUGGUAUGGAAUCUCUCCGAAUUAGGCGGGGCCCUGGAGAUAAUCUAUGGACUGAUGAUGGUCAACCUCAGGCAGGUAAUCAUGCAGCUGCUAUUGCCCAGGCCUUGGAGCAUUAUUUUAUUACAGAGUUGAAUGUAGCUACUUUUUUAAAUCAUGCAUCCGAACACAUUGGCAAUGAUGCGCCUCGGAUGCAACCUGAACAAACUAGCAAUGAUGUAAAUGAAGAGUUACCAUCAGAACCUGUGACCACCGAUUCCCCUGCUUUAUUACCUACUAGUAGCCCUCAACAAUUUGAGGGAACAACCAACCAAGAAACAAACCUAGCAAAUGGUGAUGUCUUUCCUAGGAAUGAACUUCUACAUCAACAGUCAUUUGAUAUUGCAAAUGUUCAUGCUGAAGAAGAGAUGCAUCAAGCAGCUGAUGACAUGAAUGUUAUACCUCAGAGUAAUGAGAUGUAUACUGCUGACAGACAGCUUGGUGCUCAUCCUGAUAGGGACUCACUGUCUGGUAAUCUACAAAGUUAUGACCAUGUUAUGCAGGAUGAGGUAGAAAUACCUCAAAGUGCACAGAUUAGUAAUGAUCUUAGGGAAGUACCAUCUGAUCUGGAGUCAAAUUGUCAUGCUCUUCUCACUUCCUCAGGUACGGUUCCUGAGCUAAGCGAUGCUCAUGUUGAUUCUGCCACAGUGAAUACAGAUGUUGACAUGAACAGCGUUGAUAUUUCUGAUAACCAAGUAGAGAACUCAGCUCCUGGUUCAGAUGGCAAUGUUCUUUCAGUUAGGCUAGAAGAGGAUGGAGCUCCUCAAGAGGCUAUUCAACCUGAUCAACUGAAUGCUAACAAUGAGGCUUCCAGUACCAAUGAAAUUGAUCCAACAUUUCUUGAAGCAUUGCCUGAGGAUCUCCGUGCAGAAGUCCUUGCUUCUCAACAGAAUCGUGCUGCACCAACUGCUUCCUAUACUCCACCAGCUGCAGAAGAAAUAGAUCCUGAAUUUUUGGCUGCUCUUCCCCCAGAAAUACAAGCCGAGGUUUUGGCUCAGCAGCGAGCACAGCGGAUUGUUCAUUCCCAACCCAUUGGACAGCCAGUUGACAUGGAUAAUGCUUCGAUUAUAGCAACUUUCCCUCCUGAUCUACGUGAAGAGGUGCUCUUGACCUCGUCUGAGGCAGUUUUGUCCGCCUUGCCUUCUGCUUUACUUGCUGAAGCUCAAAUGCUUCGUGACAGAGAAUUGAGUCGUUACCGUGCUAGGGGAAGCCUUUUUGGAGGAAGUUAUAGGCUGGGAGCAAGGAGGCUACCAGCAGACAAUCAUACUGUUAUGGACAGGGGUGUGGGUGUGACUGUUGGUAGACGGGUUAUUUCUACUGUAUUGGGAAGCGCUAAGAGUAAAGAUGUGGAAGGGAACCCACUUUUGGAUUCAAAUGCUCUAAGAGCACUUAUUCGUCUUCUACAGCUAGCUCCGCCACUCAGCAAAGGCCUCCUUCAAAGGCUUAUGUUCAAUCUUUGCGCACACAGUUUUACACGUGUUACAUUGAUUGGCCAUUUACUCAACAUUAUUAAACCUGAAGCCGAGGGGCUUAAUAGAUGGGACCGCAUGACUACAUAUAGGUUACAUGGAUGUCAGUGGAACAUUGUUUAUGCACAACCACAAUCUGCAAAUGGUCUACCUCCUCUGGUGACCAAGCGGCUUCUUGAAGUGCUUACAUAUCUUGCUUCAAACCACCCUUCUGUUGCGGGUCUCUUGGUCUACUUCGACCCUUCAACAAAUUCAAACUGUAUGAUACUUAAGCAUGUUAAAGAAACAUCGCAAGAAGGUUUACAGUCGGAUAUGACGCAAACACCAUCUGAGGGUUAUACCCCUAUCCUGUUAUUUCUUAAGCUUCUAAACAAACCAUUGUUUCUGCGGAGUCGAGUAUAUCUUGAGCAGCUGAUGUGUUUGCUUGAAGUGGUGGUCAACAACGCUGCUUCCAAUGUCGAUUAUCUGCCUCAUUCAGGGCAAAUGGUUAACACUGCUGGUGAUGAAAAUGGGGCACCCAUUGAUACACAUGGAGAACCAUCUACUCUGGAGCAAGUUCCUAUCGAAGAAAACAGUCAAAGUAAAGAUGUUGUGGUGCCAGCAUCAGGUCCCAAACAAUCUGUUAAUGUGCAUGACAUUCUUACUCAGCUUCCAGACUCGGAAUUACACAACUUGUGCAACAUUCUUGCACUUGAGGGUCUUCCAGAUAAAGUGUAUAGACUUGCUGCAGAGGUGGUAAAAAAAUUGGCUAGUGUGGUGGUAUCCCACCGGAAAUUUUUCUCAAUGGAGCUAGCCAGUGCUGCUCAGAGCUUAAGUUCUUCGGCAGUAGAGGAGCUUGUAACAUUGAAGAACACACAGAUGCUUGGGCUCAAUUCUUGUUCUAUGGCUGGAGCUGCAAUCCUGCGGGUUCUACAAGUCCUAUCUACAUUGACCUCAGAUAGGUGCAGUACUAGCCAAGAUCAGUCUGUGGGACAAGAAGAACAAUCUAUUUUAUGGGAUUUGAACAUAGCACUUGAGCCUUUGUGGCAAGAACUUAGUGAUUGUAUAAGCACUAUGGAGGCAAAACUUGUUCAUAACUCGACGUUCAAUUCACAUGCUCCUUUGGUGGAUGCAAUAGAAGUUGGUGCCUCAUCCUCUACUACAUCACCACCUCUUCCGCCAGGCACACAACGUCUGUUGCCAUUUAUAGAGUCCUUCUUUGUUCUAUGUGAGAAGCUUCAAACAAGCCAAGCAGUUGUGCCAUCUGAUUCCAAUGUGACUGCUACAGAAGUGAAAGAACUCGCUGGGAGUUCAUCGCCUUCAUCAUUAAAGACUGGUGGAAUAUGCAAUAUUAGUUUUGUGAGGGUGGCAGAAAAGCAUCGACGCCUCCUCAAUGUGUUCAUUCGACAGAAUCCUAGUUUGCUGGAAAAGUCACUUUCUAUGAUGUUGAAAGUACCAAGGCUGAUAGAUUUUGACAACAAGCGUGCUUACUUUAGAGCAUGCAUUAGGCAGCAACAUGAUCAGCAUCUUUCAGCUCCUUUGCGGAUUAGUGUUCGUCGGGCAUAUGUUUUGGAGGAUUCAUACAAUCAAUUGAGAUUACGUCGUAGCCAGGAUCUUAAGGGCCGCUUAACUGUACAAUUCCAAGGAGAGGAGGGGAUUGAUGCUGGUGGACUAACUAGGGAGUGGUACCAGCUUCUGUCUAGAGUUAUUUUUGACAAAGGAGCCUUGCUCUUCACCACUGUUGGGAACAAUGCAACUUUCCAGCCUAACCCCAACUCUGUUUAUCAGACAGAGCACCUUUCCUAUUUCAAGUUUGUUGGCCGAGUGGUUGCCAAAGCCUUAUUUGAUGGCCAAUUAUUGGAUGUCCACUUUACCCGUUCAUUUUACAAACACAUCCUUGGUGUUAAAGUGACUUAUCAUGAUAUAGAGGCUGUUGAUCCUGAUUACUACAAAAAUUUGAAGUGGAUGCUAGAGAACGAUGUAAGUGAUAUUCCUGAUCUGACAUUCAGCAUGGACCCUGAUGAAGAAAAACAUAUUCUCUAUGAGAAAAAUGAGGUUACUGAUUUUGAGCUCAAACCUGGUGGGAGAAACAUCAGGGUGACUGAAGAAACAAAGCAUGAGUAUGUCGAUCUUGUGGCUGAACAUAUAUUGACCACAGCAAUUCGUCCUCAAAUUAAUGCCUUCCUCGAAGGCUUCACAGAAUUAGUUCCAAGAGAGCUUAUUUCUCUAUUUCAUGAUAAAGAACUUGAACUCUUGAUCAGUGGACUUCCUGAAAUUGACUUUGAUGACCUGAAAGCAAAUGCGGAGUAUAUUGGGUAUUCGCUGGUAUCUCCAGUCAUCCAGUGGUUCUGGGAAGUAGUUAAUGGUUUCAGCAAGGAGGACAUGGCCAGAUUUCUACAAUUUGUGACAGGAACAUCAAAAGUACCAUUAGAGGGUUUCAAAGCUCUACAAGGUAUUUCUGGGCCUCAGAGAUUCCAGAUUCACAAGGCUUAUGGAGCUCCGGAGAGGCUUCCAUCUGCCCACACUUGCUUUAACCAACUAGACUUACCAGAAUAUUCCUCAAAGGAACAGCUAGAGGAGCGUUUACUUCUUGCCAUUCAUGAGGCAAGUGAAGGAUUUGGUUUUGGCUGACAUGUUGAACCAGCGCAUUGUGUACACAAUGGGUCAUUGGUUUUCUGUUUGCCAUGUACAGAUUUUGGCGGCAAAAUUGAGACCAUGUUCACCAGAUGCUGCUACACAUUGCACAGACCAGGCUAAAGAAGUGCGUCAGAAUCCAAAAAAAGUUUUGGAGUAACUGAUCGGGAUGUCAGGCGGGUAUAGGUGGGAGCUCUGACGACAACAGUGGUGAUAGAUCCUUGUUUCCAUUUGCCUUGUGGUCAAAGGGCGGAGUGUAAAUUCAUUGAAUGCUUUAUCCCAACCAUUGCUUUCCUUGCUGCUUGGAUCCUCAGAUUAUGGAGCCAAGGCAGUUUGCAAAUAAAUAAGCAUAGUUUCUGGUUACAUGCGAUCGUUUGAUUGUCUGCAAAAUGUCAUCAUGUUCUGCUA